GCGCAUGAGAGGAGGGAAGGGGAAACGAGGAGGAGCUCCCGCCGGCUGCUCAACUUCUCUCCACAGUCGCGGAACGAGGCGCUGGGUGUCUCGGCGAUGAACUCAGAAGCUCCCGGCUCCUUCGGCUCCCGGGUUUAACAUCACGAGCUGCCUGGCUUGGAAUCCGCCCGGGGGAGCCCCUCGCCGGCUCGGCGGUGCUGCUGCCUCUCCUCGGCUCCCGGUUUCAUUAAGCUGAUCUCAGUUGAGAUGCCAGAUAAAACACCAGAGGGUAAAGAAACGUUACCCAGGAAUGAAGAUGGCUACCACUUGCCUCUUGAUGAGUUGCCUCCUGUAAUGGUGGGCACCACCCUCAAGGCACCCAGGACCGAUCUGCAUAGAGAGAACAGACGACUCCGCUACUGUGGAAUCCAGACCAUGGAACUGUCAGACAAUGACCGUCCAGUUAGCUUCAGCUCCACGUCCUCUUCGGCUUCCUCCAGGGAUAGUCACUGUUCCUUUGGCAGCAGGACCACUUUAGUCUCAAACAGUCAUCUUGGUUUAUUCAACCAGGACAAAGAAUCAGGGGCUAUAAAACUAGAGCUGAGUCCAGCCCAUCAAUUUCCCAUCAAGGAACUGCAAAAGAAUAACUUUACAGAGCCACAGACCACUGAGGGAAGUUUGGGAAGAAGGCCCAAUAUGCCACGGAAGGUAGAAUCAAAGGAAACCAGCAAAAACUGCGUCAUGUCCCUGAUCAGUGAGCCCACGAGUCCAAAACUCCUCUAUGUGGACAGAGUAGUCCAAGAAAUCCUGGACACAGAAAGGACAUAUGUCCAGGAUUUGAAAAGCAUUGUGAAGAAUUACCUUGAUUGUAUCACUGACCAAUCCAAACUCUCCUUGGGGCCUGACGAACAAUCAGCUUUGUUUGGAAACAUAAAAGAUAUCUAUCAUUUCAAUAGUGAACUUUUGCAAGACUUAGAAAACUGUGAAAAUGACCCUGUGGCUAUAGCAGAAUGUUUUGUUUCUAAGAGUGAAGAUUUUCACAUAUAUACUCAGUAUUGCACCAAUUACCCAAGGUCUGUGGCUGUACUAACAGAAUGCAUGAGGAACAAGUCUCUAGCAAAGUUUUUCAGAGAGCGACAAGAAGCGUUACAACAUUCUCUACCUUUGGGAUCCUAUCUGUUAAAACCUGUCCAGCGAAUACUCAAAUAUCACCUACUUUUGCACGAGAUACAGAGUUUACUCACUAACUGGAAAGGACCAGAUCUUGCAAGCUAUGGGGAGCUGGUUUUAGAAGGAACAUUUCGCAUCCAGAGAGCGAAAAAUGAGCGAACGUUGUUCCUCUUUGACAAACUGCUGCUUAUUACAAAGAAGAGGGAAGAGGUGUUUAUCUACAAAGCUCAUAUUUUGUGUGGUAAUCUCAUGCUGGUGGAAGUAAUACCAAAGGAACCUCUUAGCUUCAGUGUCUUCCACUAUAAAAACCCCAAGAUGCAGCACACCGUUCAGGCUAGAUCCCAGCAAGAUAAACGCCUCUGGAUUCUUCACUUGAAGAGAUUAAUUCUAGAAAAUCACCCUGCCAAAAUUCCAGCUAAGGCCAAGCAAGCAAUUCUUGAGAUGGAUGCUACUUAUCACCCAGGAUUCCAUUAUAGCCCAGAAGGAGAAACAAAAGCACUGAGUAAUUCUAAAGAAGGAAUUACCCCUCAAAGAGUGAGAAGGAAAUCAGAACCUUCAUCCAGAACUCACAAAAUCAUAAAGCCAGAUGAAAUGGAUCCAGGCAUACAAAAGCGGAUCAGUAUUGAAGGAGCCCUGCUGUCCCAGGCUGAAGUUCUUCUCAGUCCCAGGAAAAGGCUUUCUUUGAAUCCCAAAGGACUUGAGUCUGGUGAAGCUGCCUAUAGUAGUGACCGAGAAGAUAACAUUCUCACUGGUGUUACAGAUCAGACAGAUGCUGAUGAUGAGGAAGAAACUGAACAGAGUGAACAACAAAAUUCACAACCGAAAUCAAAAGGAGGUCGCAAAAGGCUUAACAGUCAAGUUGUUGAAAAUGUUGAAAAAAGAAGAAGUGUUAAUCUCAGCAGAUAUGAUAUUCAGAACUCCAAAGAUUCUGCAGCUGAAGAAUCUUCCCAGGUGAACACCAGCCUUACAUUUUCCAGCAAUGGAGGCAGUCACACAUCUAGACAGCUUACACCACAAAACAGCUCAUUUUUGAUGAAUCUCUUGGGGAGAACAGUGGGUGUAAGAAACAUCUGGACAGACCAUCAGAUUCGGCAAAGCUUGUUCCCAACCAGACGCCCCACUCAAGAGGCUGUAGAGGAUGAAGAUGAUUAUCAGAUGUUUGUACCAUCUACAUCUUCAUCCAAUUUAGUUUCAGUUGCAUGCGAAGAGAGGGUCCCUUCAAGUCGUCCUUGCAGCUGGCACGUAGGACUAGCUCAUCAGAGUGAAGCAUCCAGCUCUGACUCUCACAGAAUUGUGAGGCGGGCCAGCAGUGCUGGUGAAAGGAAAACCUCUCCAUGUGGCUCAAGAUACAGAAAAAAUGAUGUCAGCCAAAAUGCUUCUUGGAAUGAAAUAAAGCAUUCUAGGUCUGAUAUGGAUAAUUUGCAGGUUUGCCCAGAAUCUUCCAAAGAACUGACUAUUGAUGACAUAGAUCAUGUCUAUGACAAUAUAAGUUUUGAAGAUCUGAAACUAAUGGGUCUGGUUCGGAGAGACGAAUCUGAUCAUACUCCACAAGGAUCAGCAAGAGACUCGCUCUAUGAAACCCAAGGUCAAGAAGGUGCCUUCAAGAAAAGGCAAGUUAGCAAGACCACCAUUCCUUCUACCAGAAAUGAAACCUUGUCCAGGAAAAGCUCCCCACCUGUAAGCUCUCAUGAUCUAAGAAUAAGUGAGGAGAAUAUCUAUGAUACCAUCAUGCUCCCAGAACAAUCGUUGUUGAAUUUCAAAUGUGAUCAUCGUAAGUGUUCCAAAAAAAGGAGUUUUCUAGGCCUCAAAACAGAUUUUGCAUGUUGUGACCAUCUCCGACAAUUUAUUUCUGAGGAGAGUCUGCAGUUCAGUGAGGAUGAAAGUCCAUAUCAUUAUGUUCCAUUAGAUCAUGACUAUUUGAGCUUACUGGAUAGCUCUUCAAAUUCUGACUCUCUCUCACAUAAAUCUGCUGCAGAUAAGUUAUCAGAGGAAGUAGAUGAAAUCUGGAACGACCUAGAGAAUUACAUCAAGAAAAAUGAAGAAAAGACACGUGACCAUGUUCUUGCAGCUUUUCCUGUUUCUAAAGAUGACAUAGAAAAUAUGCAUACUGGAACUACUUGUGAACUGAAUAAGGAUGUAGAACAUUCACUGUCUUCUCUCUCACUGCCAGAAACACCUGUUUUCCCCAAAACUCUACCCAACAAAGUAGCCAGAUUAAGUGAAGCCAACUUCAGGUCUGAAGAGCCAGCAUCAUGUAAAGCAAAUUCAUUAUUAUAUCUCAACAGAUCUUCUUUCUCCAAUGAGAUUGCUUUUGUAGAUGGCCUUUAUGAAUCUGCCAAUCGUUUUCUGUGCCAUACAAAUGCAGAGUCUGCUGACAAUGAAGUGGAUUCGGUGGAUAAAACAAAAAACCGGGUCUUCACAAUGGCAAGACAGUACAGUCAAAAAGUCAAAAAAGCAAACCAGCUUUUGAAAGUGAAGAGCCCAGAGCAAGAGCAACUUUUGAGCCGGCAACAGAAGCCAAGGCACAAGGACUUGGCAGCCAUUUUGGAAGAGAAGAAACAAGGUGGUCCUGCCAUUGGUGCCAGAAUUGCUGAAUAUUCUCAGCUCUAUGAUCAGAUUAUUUUUAGGGAAACCUCACCCAAAACACACAAAGCCACUUCUCAAGAAGCCUCAAAUAUAAGAUAUUCCUCACCAGUGUCUACAUCUCAGUUAGCUGCCGAGUGCUGGAGAGCAGAAGAUUGGCUUCUGCACUCAACAUACAGCAAUGGAGAACUCUCUAAUUUCUCUGCCUGGCCAGAAGGCACACCAUCGCUGAAGUCCAAAAGUUCUUCUUCGGAGAUUAGUGCAAAACAGCACACGAGACAGUUGCCCACCGCCUGCUCAGUGCCUUCCCUUCAGACUCCUCCCCCACUCCUUGUUCCUGCACAAAGAUGGAGCGCUAUUAUAAAUCAGCCCAACAAAGAGAACUUGCACUACAACCAUGUUUAUAACUCUCUGGGGAGAAAAGAAAGCAAUGAAAAUGCACAAACGUACAGCCGGUCACAAUCUUCAUCCUCCGUCGGGGCCAACCCUUCCGAAGAACCAAUUCAUUAUCCAGAUGGGAAGGACAAGAAGCCGUUCCAUUCAAGCAGGCACUUUAUCAGUCGCCAGUAUCAAGAAUCAGUGCCCACUGUCACUCCAGGAUCUGCAAAGUGUGAUGAGACAAAACAGAUGGCUGAGAGCGGCUCAGAAAUGAUUCUGCAAGACUCUCAAAAAAUUCUUAGAGUGAAUAGAAACUUGCUGUCAAAUGCACAAAUAGCCACACAGAACUAUUUUUCAAAUUUCAAAGAUACUGACGGCGACGGGGAUGACGACGAUGACUAUGUUGAAAUAAAAUCUGAAAAUGAGGAGUCUGAUUUUGAGGCUCCCCACAACCAAACAAAGCUGUUAGAUCCAAAGAUAGCUGCCCACUCCAUUCCUUCGGAAGACCAUAGUGGUAAAAAUAUGGCCAUGACCUCUGCCAUACCACCAGACUCUCACCUGAUCACAAACAGAGAUUCAGAUAAACUGAAUGACUAUCUAUGGAGAGUUCCACCUCCAAAUCAGCAGAAUAUUGUCCAGUCGUUACGAGAAAAAUUUCAGUGUCUUAGUUCAAGUAGUUUUGCUUGAUAUUUUUUGAAACUUAUUAGGCUGCCUUAAUGUUGGUGUAUAGGAGAAUAGCCAGUAGUGGCAGCACAUAAUGGAGUUGGGUAGGUCUCAUCCCACCUUCUCACUUUAGAAAAUUCUGAGACCAUUGCUGAGACAAUUUAAGUAUGCAGGUUACUGUCAAGUAACUGGUGGAUGAUACGUUACAGAGAACAUCCUGGAUUGCUCUUGCUUGUAUCCAUUUUACCAGCCCACUAUCCUGUACAUUAAUCCCUUUAUCUGCUCCUUCUAAGGCCUCCACUGUGGAAAGGGGAGGUGCAAGAGCUAUCCUUAUCCACUUACUUUCUGCCUGCUGGCUCCUCUACUGUCUGGAGCCCAGCCCAUUCUGUCCUCAUUGGUUGGUCCUUGACUUUUAAAAAGGAGGUAGGUCCACCCAGUUUCCUAUUGAAAUCUCAGCAAGGAAAGUAGCUUAGAGCAAGUCAGAUAGGUCAGAAUCUGGCAAGUUAGGGAAAUAGCACUAAUUCUGAAGCAGCAGGGGAAAAAGUUUGUCAUAUGCUGCAAAUAUUUCAGUGGUGUACCUUAUCAUUUUAUCAGCUGUAUAUAAAAUAAUCUCAGGUUUACUUGCUUAUAAGGCUAUGUUGAAAUCUUCAUGUACUAGGUAUGAAAUGCUGUCACUGACGUACUGGUAUAGGACUCCAUUACACUUAAAAUUUUCUCCCUUUCUCUCAGCUAAACCAUUUUUCCAGUUAGCUUUGAGAAGUGAAAUGUGCAAUUGUGGAGUAGACCAAAAUUGAAACUAUGGGAUCAAGUAUAUCAUUAUUUCUGAAGUAUUUUUCCCGGAUUGAUAUUGGCUCAGUAGCUGGAAGGCAAUUACCUGUCUAGGAAAUGCCCCUUUCAGGCACAGGUAGUGCUUAUACUGUACUUAUACUUAACAACAUGGAGUUAAUCUGGCCCGUUAAGAUGAAGAGGCUUUGAUUGAUUUGCUUGUAUUUGAAUAUGCCCAAUACAUUCCAUUCUCUUGGAGAUGUGGUAUGUUCCAUUUAUCCCAUGGAUAUGAGUAGUCACUUCCUGUUGCCAAAGCUACUGUUGUGAGAUCCUCUAAGACAUAACUUUGGCUUGGAUUACUUGAAAAGAAUAGCUCAUGAACACAUAGCCAGUUUUCAGAUGAAGGAAAUAAACAAUUAUGUACAAUGUGAUGUAUGUUUCACUGGUCAGGGUUUCUUUCUUAUGCAUCACUUCGAAUUUUCAAUAUACCUCCUUACUUUAGCAAAAGCACAGUGGCCUUCACAAGUUUUACAAUAUCAGUGGUUGCUCUUACAGGUAACGCUCUUCUGAUCCUCAGUGGCAAGUGUAUAUGCUCUUCUACCAAAAUGAAGGUUGAAAGGUUUUGUGGUUACUGAUAUAAGUUGAACUGUGUGCUAUAAAUGCUUUUGUGGUAUCAAAAAUA